GGGCGUGAUGACGGAUGUUCACGACGCGGUUCUGUCUCGGAUGGUCGGCGGCGCCAGGGUUUAGGAGCCGUUGCUGUGGACGGAGAGACUGGGACGUGAGCGGCCAUUGAGGGCGGCCAGGGUGCUAGUGAGCCCCCCCUCCUCCCAUCUGCUCGGUGUGCGGGCUGAGCUUCGAUGGAGGACCACAUGACGGGGCACACAAAGGUGAAGCGUUAUGAAUGCAACGUGUGUGGUCAGGCAUGCCAAUGCCCAAGCCAUCUGGAGACCCACCAGCGGGUGCACACGGGAGAACGCCCCUUCGACUGCUCGGUGUGCGGCAAGAGCUUCGCCAGCUACGGCAACCUACAGCAGCACAAGCGCGUGCACUCCGUCGAGAGGCCCUUCCCUUGCUCCAACUGCGGCAGGAGCUUCAAGGCAGCGCAGGACCUGGAGGUCCACCGGCAGUUUCACACGGGAAAACACUCCUUAACCUGCUCCGACUGUGGCAAGAGCUUCAAGACGGCGCAGAACCUGCAGGUCCACUGGCGGGUGCACACAAAUGAGAAGCCCUACGGCUGCUCCACCUGCGGCAAGGGCUUUGCCGACUCGUCUAAGCUACAGCAGCACCAGCGGGUGCACAUGCGCACCCACACUGGGGACCGGCCCUACACCUGCAGCGACUGUGGCAAUGGCUUCACCCGCCCCAGCAGCCUGCUGGAUCAUCAGCGCAUCCACACUGGUGAGCGCCCCUACAUCUGUGCCCAGUGCGGCAAAGGCUUCAACAAGUCCAGCAACUUACUGGUGCACCGGCGCAUCCACACUGGCGAGCGCCCCUUCAUCUGUGCCCAGUGCGGCAAGGGCUUCACCCGCCCCAGCAGUCUGCUGGAGCACCAGCGCUUCCACACUGGCGAGUUCCCCUACAUCUGUGCCCAGUGCGGCAAAGGCUUCAACAAGUCCAGCAGCCUACUAGAGCACCGGCGCAUCCACACCGGUGAGCGCCCCUUCAUCUGUGCCCAGUGCGGCAAGCGCUUCAACCAGUCCAGCAACCUACUGACCCACCAGCGCACCCAUUCCGGGGAGCGGCCCUACACCUGCAGCGACUGUGGCAAGGGCUUCACCCAUUCCAGCAGCCUGCUGAAACACCAGCGCAUCCACUCCGGGGAGCGGCCCUACAACUGCAGCGACUGUGGCAAGGGCUUCACCCGGACCAGUCACCUGCUGGUUCACCAGCGCAUCCACUCCGGGGAGCGGCCCUACAACUGUGCCCAGUGCGGCAAGAGCUUCAUCCAGUCCGGCAACCUGCGGGCCCACCAGAAGGUGCAUAACUAAAAGGUAAUGCGAGGAGAAAAGAUGAGGUACGAAGGUGAGUUAGCCAAGAAUAUAAAGGAUGAUAGUAAA